CUAGUGGUCGUCCGCUGGUCGUCGCCUUCGCGGGGUUAAUCCUGGCGCUUGCUGAACGCAGGCGAAGGUGACACGCCGGUUCAACGAGUUUCGUAGUGGGGUGGAUGGCCGCCGGGAACGGCAGGUGGUGGCUCGUGAAUCGCAGAGCCUGGCCGUCUGGGGAUGCAACGUCCUGGUAGCACUAGGACCUCCUACUCAAGUCUGUGGCGCGAGUUUCUGGUCUUUAACUCGACUGCCAGGCGGUUCGGCCUGAAACGUCACCGGGGAAAGCCUGGAGGAAUGAAUGUGUCUACGGUGUUCCCCGAAGGGUAUGUGGAAAAUGAGCGGACACGACGUCAGACGCCGCCGAUACCCAAGGAGAUAGGAGAGCUCGACUUGGAACGAUUUCGGCGUGUGAAGGAGUUUGUCGGCCUGGAGGAGGUCAGUAGGCUUGAAUUUCUGGUGAUGCUAUUCGCUGAGGUCCUGGGCACGUUUCUGCUGGUCCUCAUUGGCUGUGCCUCCUGCAUCAAAUGGGCAACCACACCGAACGUAUUGCACAUCGCGUUCACCUUUGGUCUCGCAGUGGCAAGUUUGGCACAGGCUUUAGGUCCGAUUUCUGGUUGUCACGUGAACCCGGCUGUGUCGUUCGGUCUGAUGGUCAGCGGAAAUUGCACUUUUCUCAAAACCGUCAGUUAUGUGGUUUGUCAGUGUUGCGGCGCUAUUGCGGGAUCCGCCGUUCUCAAGAUGAUGAUACCCAAGACGCAGAUUGAGAACGGUCUGGGCGCCACUAUGCUGGGCCCCGGCGUGUCGGUGGCCCAGGGUGUCGUGAUGGAGGCGAUUGUCACGUUUCUCCUGGUGCUGGUGGUGCACGCGGUCACAGACCCCAAGAGAACCGACACGAAGGGCUGGGCGCCGCUGGCGAUCGGCCUGACGAUCGCGGUGGCUCACAUGGCGGCGGUGCCCAUCACCGGCAGCAGCAUGAACCCGGCCAGGACUCUGGGCCCGGCCGUGGUGGAGGAUAAUUAUCAGGACAUGUGGGUCUACUGGGUGGGUCCGCUCAUCGGCGGCUGCGUAGCCGGCGGUGUGUACAGAAUGGCGCUGAGGGCCAACAAGGAAGAUGACGAGGGUUCGUACGAUUUCUGAGGGACCCGGUCGGGAUAACGGGUCCCCUUGGACGUGAGAUGGAUCCGGAUAAUGAUUUCAGAAUGAAACCGGAAGUCUCGCGGGUGUAAAUAAGAGAAUAGAUUUGUGAGUGAGGAUGAUGAUUUUACGAUCGCGAGAUGGUCUCGCGAUCUUUGUCCGUCGUAUUUAACAAAAUAAUAUAUUUCUGAGUAACACAAUUUUUUGUUCUUUAAGUUUUGGAUCUUUUGACAGUAUUCGAUUGAGACAAGGAGCAUAAAUACACGUUAUUGUAUAAUAUCAAUGAGCAGCGUACCGAAAAAUUACAAUAUAUUAAUAAUAUUAUCAAAUGAUAUAUUGUUACGAAACAAGACGUACGUGUGUAUGAUAUUAUUAUACAAUAGCAAUGUAUGACAUCAGAUUAUCUUAGAGAUUUCUUUUUACCUUUAAAAAAUUUGAGGUUGAAAAUAUUGUCCCCAAACGUGCGAACAAAAAAAAAGAGAUUAUUUAACUUAUUACAAUCAGUUUCAUUAUGAUAUCGUUAUCAAUCGACAUUCUUCUUUCGUGUGAAUUCUAAAUCUGUACAUUGCCAACACCUGAUUUUUGUAAAUACUGUACUUAAGCUAGCGAGAGAUCGAACGUAUUAUCUAUCAUUCUAGUAUAGCGUAGCAUAGUUUGGCGUUUAAAUAGUUUAUAGCGCACGUCGCGUGCAAUGAUAUGAAUAAAAAUAUUAACCAAUAUAUUUCUCCAUCGCCAUAUUCACUA